GAACAAUGGAGACAGCAAAGAAGAAAGCUGUAGGUGGGAAGCGGUGUAUUGCGGCCGACUGCAGCAACACAAACACAGCCGGUGUUUCAUUGUUUACAUUCCCGGAAGAUGACAGUCAAGCUUUACCAUUGGCCUGUGGAGAACUGGGACAACAGAGACUCUUACCAGGAGGACUUUGAGUUGGAUGCACAGUCGCGGUACCCCCCGCCCACCUCCCUACCUCUGGAAGGAGGCGCCACCCAGCGGAAGAAGCUAUCAGCCCCCCGCAUCAGUCUCUCUCUGGACCAGAGCGAGGAUGACUUAGGGGAGACGCCGGAUGACCUUGACAUCAACGUGGAUGACAUUGACACUCCAGAUGAAGGCGAUUACCUGGACUGCACGGACCACGAGAUGGACGGGGACGAUCCCAGAGCAGCCAGUCGAAGUCGGACAAGCGAGUUGUACGACUCCAUUCCGACCUACGGCGGCGAGGAGGAGCGUCAGGACGGCAAACUAUGGCGGACGGUGAUCAUCGGUGAGCAGGAGCAUCGCAUCAACAUGAAGAUCAUCGAGCCGUACAUGCGAGUCAUCUCCCAUGGAGGCUAUUACGGCAACGGUGUGAACGCCAUCAUCAUGUUUGCCGCCUGUUUCCUGCCAGACAGCAACAGCGACGACUAUCACGAAAUCAUGGAGAAUCUUUUCCUGUUUGUGAUCAGUACCUUGGAGUUGAUGGUGGCAGAAGACUACAUGAUCGUGUAUUUAAACGGAGCCACGCCCCACAGAAGAAUGCCAGGCCUUGGUUGGCUGAAGAAAUGUUACCAGAUGAUCGACAGAAGGCUGAGGAAGAAUUUAAAAUCCUUCAUCAUUCUGCAUCCAUCUUGGUUCAUCAGGACCAUCCUUGCCAUCACCAAGCCUUUCAUCAGCACCAAGUUCAGCAGCAAGAUCAAAUACGUCAACAGUUUGGACGAGCUGCGAGAUCUCAUCCCUAUGGAAAACGUCAACAUCCCAGAGUGCAUCAUGAGACUUGACCAGGAACUGAAGGAAGCAGGCGAGAACUUCAAAGUGAAUAGUUUUUUGCUGGGAUCAGAGCCAACAGCUGCCGACACAACAGACAGAGCAGACCAAGCCGGUGCCAGCGGCCCUUAAAGUCACUGUCCUGUUGGGUGUACUUGUGUGUGUGUGCGCGUGUGUGUGUGUGUGUGUGUGUUAAAAAAUAUUACAUUUUAGAGUUGAAUGUGACAGCUGGUAAUAGGAAUAAGUCCCAUGCACACAUGGAGGAACAGUAGAUGUUAUUCCCAUGGAAUACAUCGGCACUCUCGAUCUACAGUAGUGUGUUUUGUUUUGUGUUGUUGUUGUUGUUGUUGUCGUGUGCAUGACAGGAAGUGAAGCAAUAAUAUCACCCUGCUCACACACACAUAUCACUUCUAUCAGGAUGUCACCUUUUCAGAAUAAGAUUGUGACUAAAACAAAGACAACAACAAAAAUAGUGCAUAAAAGUCGCAACGCAGAACUUGAUUUAAUGGAGCCUCCCUGGACACUUCAUUAGGUACACAUCCCAUUACUGUUGUGGUUUGGCAUCAUUUUGACUACUGUUUUUUUUUAUAUUUUAUUCUAAUUUUAAUUUUUUUUUUCUAGAAUAUUAGAAACUUUCUAAACUUUUUUGAAAAUGUAUGUAAAAUAUUUAGAAAACAUUAUUAUUAUUAUUAUUAUUAUUAUUUUUUGCUACAGUAGUGUCGAAUUCCACUGCAUCAAACGACAGCAAGUUCCCCCAAAAAUGUAAUAAUAAGCUAAAAUCUAAAAUAUUAUACAUUUGAUCAUUUUUCAUUCUAAAAAUAUUUUUUAAAUAUACUAAAAACUUGACAAUAAUUUUAUUUUAAUAUACUUAAACAUAUUUAAAAAUAUAUAAGUUUAAGAUUAUUUUAAAAAUAGUUUUUGUGGUCCAAAAAUGUACUGAAAAAAAUUAUCUAAAAUAUUAUACUUUGAUAUUUUAUUCUAAAAAAAGUUUUUGUUACAUACAUUUUUAACACCCUAUCACACUAAUUAAAAAAUAUAUGUAUUAUUUUUUUCAAAUGAGAUUCUUGUGGUUUACACAUUCACUGCAUCUUACUGAUAAUAAAUAAAAAAUAGUCUAAAAUAUUAUAAACUUAAACAUUUUUCAUUCUAAAAACAUGUAUUAAAACUAUUUUAAUGAUGUAACGGUAUGUUUAAGAUUUUUUUUAUAAAUAGUUUGUAGUAGUCUACAAAUUAACAGCAUCAUACUGACAGCAGUUUCCAAAAAUGUAAUGAAAAAAAUUAUCUAAAAUAUUAUACAUUUGAUAUUUUAUUCCAAAAAAAGGAUGUUACAUACAUUUUUAACACCCUAUCACACAUUUAAAAAAAAAUAUAUAUAUAUUUUUUAAUGAGAUUCUUGUGGUUUACACAUUCACUGCAUCUUACUGAUAAUAAAUAAAAAAUAGUCUAAAAUAUUAUAAACUUAAUAAUUUUUCAUUCAAAAAAUAUGUAUUAAAGUAUUUUAAUGAUGUACUGUAUGUUGAAGAUAAUUUUUUAAAUAGUUUGUAGAGGUCUACAAAUUAACGGUAUCAUACUGACAGCAAUUUCUGAAAAAUGUAAUGGAAAAAAAACAUCAACAAAUUAUAAGUUUGAUAUUUCAAUUAAAAAAAAGUAUGUAGUAGUAACAGAUAUUUUUAACACCCUAUAACACAUAUUUAAAAAUAUAUAUAUUAUUUUUUUCAAAUGAGAUUCUUGUGGUUUACACAUUCACUGCAUCUUACUGAUAAUAAAUAAAAAUUGUUUAAAAUAUUAUAAACUUAAUAAUUUUUCAUUCUAACAAUAUGUAUUAAAACUAUUUUAAUGAUGUAACUGUAUGUUGAAGAUGAUUUUUAAAUAGUUUGUAGAGGUCUACAAAUUAACGGUAUCAUACUGACAGCAAUUUCCGAAAAAUGUAAUGGAAAAAAAACAUCAAAAAAUUCUAAGUUUGAUAUUUCAAUUAAAAAAAAAGUAUGUAGUAGUAACAGAUAUUUUUAACACCCUAUAACACACAUUUAAAAAUUGUUAUAAAUAUAUCGGUUGUUGUGGUAUACAAAUUCACUGCAUCUUACUUAUAGCAUUUUUUCAUUUUUAAAAUAAUAUAAAAUAUUAUAUACUUGAUAAUUUUUCAUUCUAAAAAUAUUAGUUAAAACUAUUAAAAAUGUGUUUAAAUGUUUCAUUUUAAAACACAUUUUAAAUGAUAUAAUGGUAUGAUUAAGAUCAUUUUUAAAAUAGUUUGUAGUGGUCUACAAUUUCCAUGCAUCACUCUGACAACAGUUGCCAAAACAUUUUAUGAAAAAACAAAAAAAUAUAUAUACGGUAUUAUACCUUUCAUAUUUAAUUCUAAAAAUAUUGGUCAUAAAUAUUUUUAAAACCUUGUCACACAUAUAUAUAUAUAUAUAUAUAUAUAUAUAUAUAU